AUGGUUAUUCCAUUAAUAGCCACAUUUUUGUUAAGAAUUUCUUCAAUUUAUCAGCGUGAAGUACUGUCAGUCCAUAUCGGCCAAGGCGGCGUCCAAAUGGGAAAUGCCUGUUGGGAACUGUAUUGCCUAGAACACGGCAUACAACCUGAUGGAAUGCUUCCACCUCAGAGUUGCUCCAGCGACGAAGGUUUUCAAACUUUUUUCAGCGAAACUGGCGGUGGAAAAUAUGUUCCACGAGCGGUAUUUUUGGAUCUUGAACCCACAGUCAUAGACGAGGUUCGAACAGGAACCUACCACCAGCUCUUCCACCCGGAGCAACUAAUUUCCGGCAAAGAGGACGCAGCGAACAACUACGCUCGAGGGCAUUACACCCUUGGAAAAGAGAUAAUCGACCUAGUUCUGGACAGAAUUCGCAAAACAGCGGACAUGUGUAGCGGUCUUCAGGGUUUCCUCAUUUUCCACGCGUUCGGCGGUGGUACCGGUUCAGGAUUCACCAGCCUACUAAUGGAACGUCUCUCGAUGGACUACGGAAAGAAGGCCAAGCUAGAAUUCGCCAUUUAUCCAUCGCCCCAAAUUUCCACAGCAGUCGUGGAACCUUACAACGCGAUCCUAACUACGCACACAACCCUGGAACACUCUGACUGCGCUUUCUUAGUAGACAACGAGGCGAUCUACGAUAUUUGCAGGAGAAACUUGGACAUCGAGAGACCAACUUACACGAAUCUGAAUCGACUGAUCGGGCAGAUAGUCUCCUCGAUCACAGCUUCGCUGAGAUUCGACGGAGCUUUGAACGUCGAUUUGACGGAGUUCCAAACGAAUUUGGUCCCCUAUCCGAGAAUCCAUUUUCCUCUGGCUACUUACGCGCCGAUCGUCUCCAUCGAGAAAGCUUAUCACGAGCAACUUACGGUCAUGGAGCUGACUUCGUCUUGCUUCGAACCAGCUAUGCAAAUGGUGAAAUGCAAUCCUCAGAGAGGGAAGUACAUGGCGUGCUGUUUGUUGUACAGGGGUGACGUGGUUCCUAAGGAUGUCAACGCUUCCAUCGCGACUAUUAAGACUAAGAGAGCGAUACAGUUUGUUGAUUGGUGUCCUACAGGGUUUAAGGUAGGAAUUAAUUAUCAACCACCGACGGUAGUGCCUGGCGGAGAUCUAGCCAAGGUGCAACGAGCUAUGGCGAUGCUCGCAAAUACUACUGCAAUCGCUGAAGCGUGGACGAGAUUGAACAGAAAAUUCGAUCUGAUGUUCGGGAAACGUGCAUUCGUCCACUGGUAA